AUGGCAUAUGCGCCGCCGCACAGUGCUCGCCAGUUCAAUGUGGUGAUCCCCAGGGCUGAUCGGCAUACUCAGCAGAAGAAGCAGGUCCUUUCGAUCAUCCCGGUCAUGGCCAUUGGGCUCAUCGCUACUCUGUGCAUCCUCCACACUGCUCAGUGGAAGGGAAAGACCACUGUCCUCUUUGGUGCAGGUGAAGAGGCUGCGGAGGCACAUGCCAUAGCCAAGGCUGCUGCCUUGGGCAAGGACGCUGUUUCUGCUAAGCUUCCACCGGUAUCCAAGGACAUCAUGGAGGAGGUUGAGAAGGCAGAGAAGGAGCAGCAAGGCGAGAUGAACGUGGAAAAGCAAUUUGCGAUGGGCGAGGACUCAGUCAGCAGCGACGGCCACAAUGGCGAUCUCCGCAAAAAAGCUGUUUCAAAGAAAGCUUUGCACGCUCAGGGACUCAUCCAGAAAUCUGUUGCUGUUCACAAGAAGCUCGCAGCCAAACCAGCAAUGGUCAAGGCAUCGGCCAAGAAGCUUGCUCUUCACCACAUUGCCAACAACAAUGUCAGAGCUCAUUUGAUUAAGCACAAGCUGUAA